AGCCGCCCCCCCGGCCCGGCCCCGGCCCGCGGCCCGGCCCCCGCCCGCGGCCUGGCCUUGCAGUGGUUUCCAGACCUGUAUCCCGGUUACCGCGGCCUGGGCGUGCUUCCCGGGGGGCCUUCCCCGGGAGGCGCGGCGGUCCCCGCCGAGGGCCGCGGCUGCUCGGAAGGGAGGCGAGCUCUGCUCUCAGAAAGGCACCUGAUGAAUGUAAAGCUGGGGGAACUGCCCACGUGGCUGGCCACUUGUGACUUUACUCCCAAGAGUUUGCUUGGAAGCAUGCAGAAGGCUUGGAACAGUUACUACAACAGAUACAUCAAUGUGAAGAGGGGUAGAACAGCUGGAAUUUCCAUGCUCCUGGCUGGAUACUGUGUCCUCAGCUAUGGCUGGAACUAUCAGCACAUAAAGCGUAAUUGCUGGCGCAAGUACCACUGAAGAAACUGGAACAGCACCCAGAGAACAGUUGCAAAAAUUUGACUGGGAUUCAGCACUAGGGCUUAGGACUGGCAUCCCAGCAGGGAUUCAAAGUGAGGCCCAUUUUCCAGCAGAGACAAGCUGUUAGAUUUCUGAUGCUGGAAGGAAUGCUUUUCAAUCAUCCUCCCUCAAACAGAGGGUUAGCACUGACAGUAACAGUCUGCAUUCACUGAUCAGACAGUAUUCAGUACCUGAACAGCAAGGGAAAAAAAACAGUAGGGCAGCCCCUCAGAGAUCUAGAUGCAGAAUUCCUCCAGUCUGCAGAAACCUGAAUCUCUCACUGGAUAUUGCAGGGACAGGAUAGCUCACUGACCUGGGCUGUUGAUACAAAUUGUAAUUCUACACUUAUGUUGUAGUGCAAGUAUUCGGCAAUAAAUUUGUAAUUGAUUAUGGGGAAGAGCAGUUAGGGCAGAAUAACAUUCCCCUCCAAAUUGGGUGUUCAGCACAGCCCUGCUGUAACUCUUACUUACCCUCUCCACAGUAGGCAAGAUAGUGUUUACUACCAAUUCAUCACUUGAAAAGGACAGUCUCUGCAGAACUGUUCAGCAAAAAAAAAAAAAAAAAAAAAAAAGGACAGUUUAGCCAGUUCAGCCAUUCAGCCACAGCCCCUGCUUUGCAAACAGCAUUGCGCCAACGGGGCUCCCAGGCUCUCAAGGGCGGCUACAGGAAGUACCUCUGUGAAGGCAUUAACGCAGCAGCAUUUGCAAUACAGCGCCCUAUUUCUGGAGGAAGAAAAUCCAUUGGAUUAGCUAUUGUGCCCAAAGGGCAAACCAACAUCUGCACCAGACAAACAAGGACAGUUAAUGAGACUGCUGGUUUUAGCUCACCAUCACCAGUCAUAUCUGGAAAAGGGGUGGUGAGGUUACAGGCAUGAAGGGUUAAAAAAGAAAAUCCACAGGAAAAAAAAAAUCUAAACUUUUUAUUCCAACUGAGGUGGAACAGUAUUGUGUCAGAGGUGUUUCAUCAAGAACUCCCUCUUGCUAGCAAUAAAGCUCUUGUGAAUUUUCCUUUUC